AUGACUGACCAACUCUCUCCUGAACAAAUAUCCGAGUUCAAGGAGGCCUUCUCCCUUUUCGAUAAAGACGGCGAUGGCACCAUCACUACGCUCGAGCUUGGCACUGUCAUGCGCUCACUCGGCCAGAACCCAACCGAAAGUGAACUGCAGGAUAUGAUCAACGAGGUCGACGCUGAUGGCAACGGGACCAUCGAUUUCAACGAAUUCCUCGACAUGAUGGCCAAGAAGUUCAAGGACACGGACAGCGAAGAGGAGAUCAGACAGGCUUUCCACGUCUUCGAUAAAGACGGCAACGGCACCAUCAGCAUUACAGAGCUCCAACAAGUCAUGCGUAGUUUAGGUGAAAAGCUCACCGACCGUGAAGUCGAGGAGAUGAUCCGCGAGGCAGACACGGAUGGUGACGGUGAAAUCAACUACGAGGGUGAGUUUCCUCUUUUACUCCCUCAUGUCCAAACCCGACUGAACUACCCAGAAUUUGUCAGAAUGAUGACGGCCAAGUAA